CUCUGCGCGCAGCCACGCCGCGGCGCGGCGCUGAGGCCGCUUCUUUGCAGCUCUCUCCAACAGCCUGCUUCUGCUGCCACUGCAUCGCAAGACCGCAGCGUCGCCGUCGUUGAGGCUGCUACUUCGCUCGGACAAGCCAUGUCCUGCCACGGUGUUGCACUGCGGCGCCUCGCGCCUGCAGGCCUGCCACGUCUGGCUCAGCCAGUGCCCCGGAUAGGCGCCUCCCGCUCCGCCUCUACUCGCAGCGGCGGCGCGCCCGAGGUCUAUCUGUCGCGCUCGACGUCACCAAGCUUCAACCUGACGCUCGAGGAGCAUCUGUUCCGUACGCGGCCAGCAGACGCGCCACUCUGCCUCAUCUACCGCAACACGCCGUGCGUCGUGCUCGGGCGCAAUCAGAAUCCAUGGAAGGAGCUCGAUGUGCGCGAGAUGCGGCGACUCGGCCUGCAGUGGACACGGCGGAGAAGCGGUGGUGGCGCUGUCUAUCAUGACCUGGGCAACUCGAAUUACUCCUUUCACGUAGCCCGCGAUGACUUUCUGCGUGCCACGCACUCGGAGCUCGUCGUCCGUGCGCUCAAUGCAGCGCCAAUCGAGCUGACAGCGCCGGCAGACCCUUCCGCCGUGUCAGACCAGCUACUCGGCACCCCCAGCGGUGCAUACGUCAAUGCGCGCAACGACAUCUGCGUCCGCGUGCGCAUGGGUGGCAGCGCUGCGGCGGAUCAAGGCGCAGAACGCAAGGUCUCAGGCAGCGCGUACAAGCUCAUCAGCGCGCGGGCGUACCACCACGGCACGAUGCUCUUGUCGGCGCAGCUCUCGGCGCUCGGCUCGAGUCUGCAUGAUGCUCGCGGCGCUGCACUGGUGUCCAAGGGCGUGGCAUCCGUGCCGUCUCCCGUCGUCAACCUAUCGACGGCGUAUCCGCAUCGGGCACACGCCCUGACGCACGAGGUAUUCGAAGAGAGCGUCAGCGCCGAGUUCGCCCGCGUCUAUGGAUCAGGCCGCGUCGAGCAUGUCGAUGAGACGCAUGCGAUUGCUCAGGAAGAGCGCUUCGUCAAGGGACGCGAGGAGCUUCGCAGCUGGCAGUGGACGCACGGACAGACACCCGAGUUCACGCACGAGCUGCGCUUCGAUGCCGCUGCGGCCAAGGCCAGCGCAGCCGAUCUUCGGAACGCAAGCUUCAGCCUCGCUCUCCGCGUCAAAGGCGGCGUCAUCGAAGAGGCGACAUUGGCAGACGUGUCAGCCGCCGGCGAUGAGACAGCCAUCCGGGCCGUCGUGGCUCGUAUGUCAGGUGCACGCUACGACACGCUGGCAACUGCGCCGCUGCGAGAGGGCGGCGAGACGCCAGCGGACACCCAGCAGGAGACUGAGCGGGCCUUGCGCGAGCUGCAGUACACCGAGACGGGCGAGGGAGAUGCCGAGAGCCGCACCGCUCGCUCGCUUGUCGCAUGGCUCAAGUGUGCAUUAUAGAAUCAAUCAUGAAGACAAC